AUGGCGACUCCCCCUGCUGUGGACGAGAAACACGUCGAUGUCAAGUCCACAGCGACGAGUCCGCCAGCGGCCAACGGCGAUGGUGCGCUCCAGCUUCUUGCGGCGGGUGGUGAGGCCGGUACACUUGAUCCGGAGGCUUCUCAUCGGCUAGUUCGCAAGAUCGAUCUCUAUGUGAUGCCGUUGAUCUGUGUUGUGUAUUUCCUGCAGUACCUGGAUAAAAUUGCGAUCAGUUAUGCCAGUGUCACAGGCCUUCGGGAGUCCGCUCAUCUGCACGGGAAUCAGUUCAACUGGAUCUCGAGUAUGUUUUUCUUUGGCCAGCUGGCGUUCCAGUUCCCGACAACUCGGUUGAUCCAGGCUUUUCCUCUGGCUCGGUACGUCGCUUUUAAUGUGACUGUUUGGGGCACGAUUCUGGCUUGCAUGGCCGCGUGUCAUUCUUUCGCCUCGUUGAUGGUGUGCCGUACGCUGCUGGGUGCUGCCGAAGCCGCGGUGGUACCCGCUUGGGUGGUGUUCACGUCGCAAUGGUAUCGAAGGGAGGAGCAAGCGUUUCGAGUCGGAUUGUGGUUCUCCAUGUGUGGUUUUGCGCAGAUGUUCGGAGGGUACAUUGCGUACGGCGUAGCCAUACACAUCGGGGGCGAUCCCACUGCCUCGCUCCGCGGAUGGCAGGUAAUCUUCCUCAUCCUGGGAUUGUUCACCGUCGUAAUCGGUAUCCUAUUCUUCUUCAUCCUCCCAGAUUCGCCCGUCACUGCCCGGUUCCUCUCCCCGGAAGAGAAGGUCCUGCACGCAGAGCGUCUGCGAGGCAACGUGCAGGGUAUCGGCAGUAAUGUUUUUAAGAAGGCUCAAGUCUAUGAAGCUCUUGUCGACCCAAACACAUGGUUGUAUUCCUUCUGGGUGUUUGCCGCCAACAUACCAAACUCCAUCGCAACAAGUUUCGGAAACAUUCUCGUCUCCGGCAUGGGCUAUUCGCAAACCAAGAGUCUCUUACUAGUAACGCCGUUAGGCGCAUACGAAGUCGUCGCACUUAUCGGACUAACCUACCUCGCUAUGAAAACCGAACAACGACUCCUCUGGUGUAUUAUCGGACACAUCCCCUCAAUCGUGGGCGCAAUUCUGAUGGCCACAACGGACAAGGCGCCCGCCUUGGUCGGAUACUACCUCACAGGCGGAAUCCCAAUCGGCUGGACGACCGUCCUGGGCCUAACGAGCACAAACAUCGCAGGAUCAACAAAGAAGAUCACAGUCUCUUGUAUCCAGACGAUCGCAUACACGGUCGGAAAUAUCAUCUCGCCCCAGACGUUCCAGGCGAAGGAUGCCCCUCAGUAUUUGCCUGCGAAGAUUUCGAUUGUCAUUUUGUACUUUCUGGUCACGCUGGAUCUGUGCUUGAUUCGCUGGCUGUCGAUCCGAGAGAACCGCCGGAGGGAUCGGGAAAGGGAGGCGCUUGGCGAUGCGUAUGUCGUGCCGCAGAAUCAUGAGUUCUUGGAUUUGACCGAUCGCGAAAAUCCGGAGUUUCGAUAUGCGAUUUAA